UUUAUAAAUUGCUUUGUCCCAAACCACGUUCGUGCUUAUUUAUACGCAGAGUCGUUCCUGACGUGGCCCUGCGUUUUAUUGGAGGAAAGCAAGCGCCUCUUCUACGUCAUUCUGCGCUAGGGCGCCUGGCGCUUAAGGGAAAUCCAUGUUUCGCGGCGCUCACGUGCAGCCGGCGCUCGAGCCUCCAGCCCCAUGCUGUCUAUUGGGCUUGCUGCCAGGAGGGAGGCUGGCCUAUAUCCUAAAGGGAGAGAUCUGGGGUAAUCUGCGGCGAUGACGUCUCUUAGGAGUAGGGGUGGCGCAGCAGCAAAUACAACAUGACUUAGGGGGAUUUUUCUUCCUAGGAAGAAUCAGGAAACGAACCAAGCAAAAUCCGAGAUGAAGCGAGGAAGAUUAAAUAUCAAGCCAGAUAGCGAAAUCCUUCCCACUCGUGACGGGGCAGUGAAGCGAUGUAGGAGUGCAGCGGUGGGCUUCUUCCGUGGCCAGUCCCAGCAACACGACAGCGUGGAGAACUGGGGCAACCUGCCUCACCACGUAGUGCUGCACAUCUUCCAGUACCUGUCCCUGGUGGACCGUGCCCGUGCCUCCUCGGUGUGCCGCCGCUGGAACGACGUCUUCCACAUCCCCGACCUGUGGCGGAGGUUCGAGUUUGAGCUGAACCAGCCGGCCACAUCCUACCUGAAGUCCACCCACCCCGACCUGAUCCAGCAGAUUAUCAAGAAACACGCUCAGCAUCUGCAGUAUGUCAGCUUCAAGGUUGACAGCUGCACAGAGUCUGCAGAGGCAGCUUGUGACAUCCUGUCCCAACUGGUCAAUUGCACCAUCAAGACCCUGGGACUCAUCUCCACAGCGAGGCCCAGCUUCAUGAACGUUUCCCAGUCGCACUUUGUCUCAGCGCUGACUGUGGUGUUCGUAAACUCCAAGUCCCUGUCGUCUAUAAAGAUUGACGAUACGCCCGUGGAUGAUCCGUCCCUGAAGGUACUCGUGGCCAACAACAGUGACACGCUCAAGUUGCUGAAGAUGAGCAGCUGUCCUCACGUUUCACCCGCAGGCAUCCUCUGUGUAGCAGACCAGUGUCACGGGCUCCGGGAGCUGGCUCUCAACUACCACCUGCUGAGCGACGAGCUGCUGUUAGCCCUCUCCUCGGAGAAGCACGUGCACCUGGAGCACCUGCGCAUCGACGUGGUGAGCGAGAACCCAGGCCAGACGCAGUUCCACACCAUCAAGAGGAGCAGCUGGGACGCCAUGGUGCACCACUCGCCCAAGGUCAACAUCGUCAUGUACUUCUUCCUCUAUGAGGAGGAGUUCGACCCCUUCUUCUGCGAAGAGACGCCCGUCACCCAUCUCUACUUCGGCCGGGCCGUCAGCAAGGAGAUGCUGGGCCGCAUCGGGCUUAACUGCCCCCGGCUGGUGGAGCUGGUGGUGUGCGCCAACGGACUGGAGCCGCUGGACGAGGAGCUGAUCCGCAUCGCCGAGCGCUGCAAGAACCUGACGGCCGUCGGGCUCGGCGAGUGCGAGGUCACCUGCAGCGGCUUCGUCGAGUUCGUCAAGAUGUGCGGCGGCCGCCUCACCCAGCUCUCCAUCAUGGAGGAGGUGCUCGUCCCGGACAACAGCUGCAGCUUGGAGCAGAUCCACAACGAGGUGUCCAAGUACCUGGGCCGCAUGUGGUUUCCUGACAUGAUGCCCACCUGGUAGACCAGCCCAACAGGAGCAUUGUCUCAUGUCUGCUCCUUCCUGGUACAGCUGUUGAGCUGUUAUAUGUCCGUCGCCUUGUCAUGUCUUAUUUAAUAUGUGUAGUUGUGCAGUUUUAGGAAGUAUUCAUUAAAAAUGAAUGGUGUUAAAAAUUCUCCUGGAUGAGAGACUAACAUGCAAGAUACAUAUUCCAUCCAUCCAUUUUCUGUAACUGCUUGCCGGUUGCGGGGGUGGGUCCGGAACCUAUCCCAGAGGCUACGAGUGCAAGCAAGAUACAUUUUAUUAAAUGCACUGUAACCCUAAUAAGCAGCACUGAUAUUUGUAUGUCGGUGUAUAAACCCAUUGUCAACAGUCAGAAAUAUGAGGUCUGACUGACUCAAUUUUUAUUUACUCCAUCAUAUAAAAGAGUAGGAAGCCAUAUCCAUCCAACCAUCGUCCGUCCAUCCAUCCAUUUUCCAAACCGCUUAUCCUACUGGGUCGCGGGGGGUCCGGAGCCUAUCCCGGAAGCAAUGGGCACGAGGCAGGGAACAACCCAGGAUGGGGGGCCAGCCCAUCACAGAGGAAGCCAUAUGUACAGGAAAAUGUUUGUCUUUCAUCUAUAAAUUCAAGGCACUUGAAAUAUUUAAAAUAUUAAGUGUAUAUUUUUAGCAUUGUCUUUUUUGUUCAUUUGGUGUUUGUUCAGGGUAACUACAGUGACAUCGCUGCAUUUCUGUACGUCAUAUAACAGCUUUUCUUAAGCACGGUCGUAUGGCAUGCAAUAUGCUUCUACUGGUAAGCGGUUGGAAGAUUCUCCAAGGUGAUGAAAAGAAAACAGGAAAUCCAGUUUUGAAAUUCGAAAAAAAAGAAACGCAUGUCCCCCAAGUCCUGUGAGAAUGACCUUAACAAAAAAAUAACUCGGGUAACUGGUCCUACUUUUAGCAGCAGAGACAGAGGUGGGUUCCCCUUAUGUUAGCCAGACAUUUGUAGGUCAGUUUGUCAGGCCUACAUCCAUUGCACUGCAAAGCCGCCUUUCUCAGUGUAAUUGUGGCUGCAGCACCUUCAGAAUAUGCACCAUCUGUGCAGUUCCUGUUCCAUGGUUUCUUCUGGCUUCCCCUACCCUGGCUUUAAUACCACGAUACAAUGGUGACGUCAGCCACUGCAGUUGUCACUGAUUGGCUGAGUGAAUUGCUUACUCAUGCAUUACUAACACGAGAGGUGCGUUUUUAUAUAAUAGUAGAUUUGUUUUUGGUGUAGCAUUGGGUAGUGUAUGCUUUUAUAGGGGGGUGUCUCUCUUUGAAAGGGGAGCUGAUAUUGCCAAAAUGUCUAAUAUUUAGGUACACAGCUCUCUAUUAAAGAUAUACCACAAAGGUGUUUACUUUUGGUGUCAGAUUAGUUUGGUGUGCUAGCAAAAGCAUAGUGUGCUAGCAAAGCACAAUUUGACCUGUGCUAUGAAUUUUGAUUCGUGCCAUAAAUACCGUUAAGUAGUGAUGGACAAAAUGACACUUUAUGAACCAUUUGCUAUAAUAUUUUUCCCCACUAGAUGGUGCACUCUGGUCAAAAAAAAAAGGGCACAAGCUGUGCCCCAAAGCAAGUGAAGAGCACCCUCCAGUGGGAUCAACAAAUACAGCAAAUGGUUAUGGAGGCUUCGUUGUAUCCAUUGCUAUGAUUAAGAUUCUUUAAAGGUAGUAUUGAUGGUGUUGCUCAUAAAGACCAGUAGCAAAUCCACAUCUGUAGGUGAACUGAUAGGACUGCAUGCAGCAGAAAGAACAGAGAGGCUUGGAUCAGGACUGGCCAGCACUGCCUUGGUUCUCAUGAGAGUAACACUUCUGCAGUCUUUGCUGCAUCUUUGUAGUCGCUCUGUGUACCUUUGCAGUGGAGUGUGCAGAUCUGCGACAUCCAAUAGAUGGAGACAUGCCGAUAAACUGAUCAUGAACUGCUUCAUCGCAAAGAAUUCAUGUUCGGACUGCUAAAUUUCAGCUGCUUUGAAUAGUGUUAUGGAAGCGCCUGGUUCUUUUAAGUUAUGCUAUUAAAAUUGUUGCAAAUAGCCCCAAAAAUCCUUUUGUUUUCAUUGCUCCAGGACGUGGUUUACACUGGCCCCUCAAAACAUCCAUUUUCACUACUUCAAGAGGUUAAUUCAGCAUGUCGUAAUAAAUGCUCCCCCAAUGAAAUCACACUUAGAUACAUGGGCUUUUUUGAAUUUGCCAUGUGGCUUGGCAUCAUUUGUAGAUUUCUGAGGCAUUGUGGGUAAUAGUGCUCCAAUCACACUCCUCAUCCAUCACCUCUGCCAGGUCUGAAGGACCUGAAAGCUUCAGGCCUGAGUGCAUCACGCAAAGCACCACAGCAGCUUAUUCAUCCUACUUUGGCUUUUGGUUUUGACCCACUAAUGUUCCUGAGAAAAGGCCGGUGGGUGAGCAGAGAGCAGCCACAAUGCCUGAUGGACGCCUCUGCUCUCAGAGUCACAGGGCCACAUGGCUGAAAUUAAGUCCACCAGCACAAACACAUUGCCAUUUAGGGUUCAUUCAUCCUUCUUGAUUCGCCUGUGCCAUGUCACGCAGGAACAGAAGUCUCCGAGCUGGGCCGUGGACAUUUUCACACUGUGAAUUUGAUUAAUUCGCCAAUUUAAUUUCCUUUUAUUCUUUUUCUCUCCCUGAC